AUGCAGGCUCGGAAUCUGGCUGGGGAGACUCCCGAGGCUCUUGUGCAGCGCCGGCUGAUGGAUUUGCGGCGCCGAACCGCGGAAGCAGCCUUGGAAAAAGCAGGGAGCGUGUGGGGAGAGGGGAGUGAUAAUGAGGGGCACUUUGGGGGGGGUGGUGGUGGUUAUGGUAAUGGUUCCAACAAUGCUGCAUUGUGGGGAGAUCCCGAGGAAAGCACCGAGGCAGCAGCUGCUGAGGCUCGGUAUCACAGGUUCGGGUCCCAAUCCGACAGGUUCGGUGCUGGGCCAUGGGGAGCUGAUGACGCUUGGAAGGAUGACGUGGCAGCUCAGAUGAAGAGCAGGAUGAGGAGGGACGAGGAGAGCCACCGGGCAGCAGUUUUUGGAGCGAAGCGGGAGGAGGAAGUAGACAAGAGGAGACGGUGGGAGGAGGAGAGGAAGAUACGGGAGGAAGAAGCAAGGAAGGUUCUGAAAGCAGAACAGGCCAAGGAUAAGGCCUGGAGAGCAGCGAUCAAGGAGCAAGUACAGAAAAAGAAGGUGGUACAGAAGCAAGAGGAUUAUGACGAGAGAUGGAAGAGAUUUGCCAAGUCAUGCGACAUGGGUAUUACCAUGGCUGAUGUGCCGUUCCCAGUGGUGGGUGGUGGGGAGGAGGAGCUGAAGCAUGUGAUUCUGCAUGGCGUGCCAAAGGAGCAGCACCGGAAGAGGAUGAGAGAGGAGGUGGUGCGAUGGCACCCUGGAAGAUUUCCUCGCGUCAAUCGCUCGCAUCAACGCCACCCGCUCGCUGCUGCAGCUGUCAUAACCCCUUUUACCGGCUCUCACACCAUACCAUACUCUCCCCUCCUCCCCUCCAUCUCAACCCCAGGAGGAUUUUCUCACUUCCAUCGCUCGCAUCAACGCCGCCCUCACGCUGCUGCAGCUGGAGCUGCGGGCGGCAGCCGACCAGGCGGACGGCGGGCUUUGCCCAACCCAACUCAAGACCCCCUCUCCCCAUCAUCCUCGCAACCUCCCCUCUCCCCGCCUGCUGCCCGCACGCACACCCUCUCACUAACUGACAAAGAACGACUGAUCGCUGACCUGGCGGAUAACCAUUGGCUCAGCAUCUCAAGCGAUUCAAGAGAUGGCAGUAGUGGUGGCGAUGCGAGGGGUGGUGGUAGUGAUGGCGGCAGCAGCGGCGGCGGUGGCGGUGGUAGUGGUGGUGGGAGGAGGGGGGUGCAAGGGAGUGUGGGGCUGGGGGUGAGAACGUAUCUGGAACUACAGCAGUAUCUGAAGAGCAUUGAAGGGGUGGCGGUGUGCGAUGUGUGCCACGACGCUGCUGUGAAGGCUGUGUGCUGUGCGUCCCCGGGCUGUGAAUACCGCCUGCACCAGUACUGCCUGCCCGCCAAGUUCCAUCGAGUCAAGGUGGGUCAACGCAAGUCAACGGGAGGUCGAGCUUCUCUUCCUUCCCACUCCUCUUCCCACCAGAAUCCGAAGUGCCCCCAGUGCGAUACACCCUGGCCUUCCAGUGACGACGAGCCUACACCACCCAGGCAAUCCCAAGCAGCUGGUCAAGGGGGGAAUGAUAGGAGGCGGCGGGCAGGGAAACGGACAGUGGGAGAGGGGGCGAGGGAAGAGGAGAGGGAGGAGGAGGAGGAUAGGGGAGACAGAGAGAGAGGGGCAGAGGGGGGAGAAGGGGGAGGGGAGGAAGAGGAGGAGCGGAGGGGGACAAGUAGGGGGAAACGGGGCUUGCAGAAGAGAGCAAGAGAGAAGAGGAAAGUGAGAGGACGAGUGAUGGAAGAAGAGGAGGAAGAGGAGGGAGAAGAGGGAGAGGAGGAAGAGGGAGAAGAGGAGGGAGAGGAGAGAGAAGAGGGAGAGGAGAGAGACGAAGAGGGAGGGGAAGAGGUAGAGGAGGUAGGGGAAGAGGAGGAAGAAAGGGAUGUGAGGCCGGUUCGGGCAGGUCGAGUGAGAGAGGCUGAGCAUGUGAGAAGAAGGACGAGGAGAAGAUAG